AGAAGGGGCUGGACCGGCGGGAGGAGCGCACCAUGGCCUCAAAGGAAACCACAGCGGCGGGCUUCACCAACGUCAGCAGAGAAAUCACAGAGAGCAUCAGGAAGGUGCUGGACAAGCAGGCCAUUAAGUUUGUGCGAGCCAUCAAGCAGGACACCAGGAGCGGCAAAACAGAGGACAGGAUUCUGGUCCUGGCAACAUGGAGACUGUAUCUCUUUGCUGUCAAAGUGCCCACCAAGAUGGAAGUCACCUUCAACUUCUUGGAGAUCCGAGCAAUGAACACGUAUCCAGAACACCAGGUUGUAAUCGAUACAGACAAGACCACCUACUCGCUGCGGCUGCAGACCCAGGACCAGCUGGAUCACAUGGUCAGCCACAUCAACUACGCCCUCUCCCGAGUCUUCAACAACUCCAUUUAUGCUCCUCCGAUCUGUCGAGCAGAGGGAGACCUGACCGAAGGAAGUCACAAGUUUUCACCAAACUCUGAAUCACCAUUAGAGCCCCAGAAAACAUGCGGAGGUUUUUCUGAAACCUAUGCAGCUCUUUGUGACUACAAUGGAAUUGGCUGCAAAGAAGAAGUGCAGUGGGAUGUCGACACCAUCUACCACUCUCAGGACAACAGGGAGUUCAAUUUACUGGAUUUCAGCCAUCUCGACAGCAGGGACUUGGCGGUGAUCGUGGCAUCCAUUGCGUACAACACCUGGUUCACCAAGCUGCACUGCAAAGACAUGAGAAUAGGGUCGGAGGUGGUGGACCAGGUCCUGCACACCGUCAGCAAGUCCAACAGUCUGGAGGAGCUCACUCUGGAGAAUGCAGGACUGAAAUCGGACUUCCCGCAGAAGAUGGCGUCGGCGCUGUCGGAGAACCCGGCCUCUGUCAUCCACUCUCUCAACCUGGCUCAUAACACGCUAGACAACCAAGGAGUCUCCAACCUGAUUCAACAAGUGUGUCGUCUCAACAAAGGACUGCGCCUCCUCAAUCUCUCCAAGACCUCCCUUUCCUCCAAAGGUGUGGUGACUCUGUCCCAGGCGUUGUGUUCCAGUGAUGAUUACUCCAAUUCUCUGCUGCAUCUGGACCUCAGCAAAAACCCCGGGGUUCUGUCUGGAGAGGACGCCACGAACCUGUACCUGUUCCUGGCCCAGCCCAACUGCCUGGUCCACUUGGACCUGUCUGGGACAGACUGCACCGUGGACUCGUUGUUUGGGGCCUUGCUGCGAGGCUGCUGCGCUGACCUCUCCUACCUGAACCUCUCCAAGAACUCCUUCUCUCACAGGAAAGCGAGAGACUCUCUGCCAACUUUCCGCCAGUUCUUCAGCUCCGCGUUCAGCCUGACCCACGUCAGCCUGGCCUCUGUGAAAGUUCCUCCUGAUUCACUGAGGGCUCUGUUCCUGGGUCUGUCCAAUAACCCUCAUAUCAGCGAUUUGCACCUGGACAUCAGCAGCUGUGAGUUGAGGUCAGCGGGUGCCGGGGUGAUUCAGGAGCUGUUUCCUCGAGUUUCCUGCGUGGGGACGUUGGACAUCUCUGAUAAUGGUCUGGAUGCCGACUUGCUGGCUGUCAUCCCAGCGUUCUCCAGGCACCCUUCCCUCAAACACCUGAUGCUGGGGAAGAACUUCAACAUCAAGGGCAGGGUGCUGGAUGAAAUUCUGCAGAAACUGGUUCAUUUGGUGCAAGAGGAAGAGUGUGCCCUGCAGUCCCUCUCGCUGGCUGACUCGAGGCUCCGCCAGCGGGGCACGGUGCUGGUCAACGCCCUGGGCUCCAACGCUUGCCUCCGGAAGGUCGACCUAAGUGGAAACCUGCUGGAAGACUCCGGGGCCAAGAUGCUCAGCAAAGCACUGCAGAUCAACACAACACUCAGGAGCGUGACGUGGGAUCGCAACAACACCACAGCGACAGGCUUCCAAGAUGUGGCGAGGGCGCUGGAGCACAACUUCACCCUCCAGUACAUGCCCCUCCCCCUCAGUGAUGUCACCCAGGCGUACCGCAGCGCCCCGGAGAGGACCGACCAAGCCCUGACCAAGAUCCAGCGUGCACUGCUCAGGAACAACCAGACUCAGCGUUUCUCUCAGAAACAGGCUCUCCGGCUGCACCAGGGCCUCGUCACCAGCACUGCCGAACAGGUGAUGGAGCGUCUGUGUGUGCGUGUGCAGCAGCAGGUGUGUGUCCUGAAAGGCUGUGAGGAAGGAGAAGAGGUCCAGACGGCCAGACAGAUCCUCAAAGAAGCCAGAGACUCCAGAGCUCUGUAUCCGUCUCUGUGUGAACUGGCCCAUGUGUUGUCAGUGGACGGCCCGGUCAAACAGCGUCUGGACACUCUGGCCGGAGAGCUGGCGAAGGCUGCCGACAAAGAGCUGCAGGUGGUGGUGGACUCCAUGGUGUCUCUGUGCCGUGAGCUGUGUCCCAUGUCCUGCUCCGCUGCCGAGAGACUCAGCCCGCCUCUCUCCUCCAUCUCCGAGCAGGUUUCCAUCCCUCGCUCCGCCAUCCGCAACGCCCUGAUGGAGCGAGCGGCGGAGGACAUCAACAGAGCCCUGGAGGAGGUGAAGUUAUCCGUGGUGUCCUAUCUGACCAACUCCAUAGUUGAUCAGAUUCUACAGGAGCUGUACACCACCCAUAAAACCCUGGUACUGCUGCGGCAGGUGUCUCAGGUGAAGCGUUGGGACGACGUCGGGACGGGCAGACGCACCAUGAGACAGUCCAGACUGGUGGAGUCUCUGGAGUACGCUGAUGAGGACUUUGGAGUCAACUUGGGAAUCGACACAAUGGCGAUAAAGAAGCGAAGCUCCAGAACUAGAAGAAUCCGUCCCGUCUCCACCAGACUCAGUCUGGGAGAUGAGCCCAGCCCCUCCCCUACCCCCUCUGCUCCACCACACUCUGCCCCUCUUACCCACUCGGCAUCAUGGGAAUGUCUGUCCACGCUCCCCACCAACGGCUCGCCACUGCGUCACGUGACCCACGUCAGGCCCCGCCCACCACGGAGACACCGAGCAGGGCACCCUGCCCCCGAAUCUCACUGCUCAGAGAACGGAGGAGUCAAUAUGCUGGAGGACGGACUGCCGGAUUUCUACAGCAAGAGAGUUCUACCUGACAGUCAGCUGUCGUCCCUCCAUCAGGGCCAGUCGCUGAGGAGAAAGAAGAGACGGAGCGUCUUGUCCAUUUUCUCCGGCUUCCGCAAAAACCGCAACUCCACCAUCUCUAAUCAGGACUCAGACAGCGCCUCAGAGAACGUCUACUCCAUGAUUCAGCACCCGAAGGAACCCGGGAGGCCUGAGAGCGCCGUUCCUGGAGCCAACGGGACCAUGCCGUCCCCCCGGCCCAUGCCCGGUGCUCCUGUUCAUGGACUGAGGGCGGCCAGCCCCUCCUGCCUCACCCAGAGACAGUCCACAGACCUGGUCAGCAUGGUGUACAGCUGCAUCGGAGCAGAGAUCGAGGACUCGGACGGGAGCAGCACCUGUGACGUGAAAGAGACGGACACGGACACGGACAGGUCGACCACCGUCUCAGACGUCCCUGCAGAGACUCGGACCAACGGCCACGUGGCGUCCUCCAAGCAGCAGCAGACGGAGCCGGGCCGCCAGGAGAGGAUCCUGCCCCUGACCGACUCACGGAGCGACGGCGAGGAGGACAGGCAGAGCGGCGGCGGCGGCGGCGGCGUGGCCCCGUGUGGGACCAGGCCAGAGCCGCCCCCGCAGACCACCAAGCCCAGUCUGAGCGCCAUGAAGCAGAGACACCUGCAGGAGAGUUUAGAAGAGGCAGGAAGGCUUCAAGGAGAAGAAGACCAGAGUGAAAGAAAGCAUGAGGAGAAGCAGAGAGCUCGAGGUCCAGAGGGACAGCGUCCUCUUCUACCCAACAAGCCCACUCUGGACCUCCCGAGAGACAAGACAACCUCUCCAGAGAAGAGCCUGACCUCUCCCAAAGCCUCCCCCAUCAGCCCGGGGGACGAGCCGACCAAUGAGCAGAGGAGCUUGGCUCCAGCUCAGCCAAUCAUCCAGGAGGAGGAGAGCGCCGAGACGGAGAGCCCGCCAGCGUCUGCCACGCCGGGGACACAAGCAGCUGAUCCUGUCAGUCAAGAUGAGGAAGAAGGUCGCAAUGGAUUUCCAGCAGCGUCACAGCGUCACACCAGGAAGUCCAACUCGUUUGACAUAGGCAUGGAACGGGACAGCCCCUACGAUCUGGAGAGGUCCUCAGAUCGCAGAUUCCCUGUGAAAAAGCCCUGUUUCCCCCAGUACAGAAACAGAUCUCUGGACGUCCCUGCUGGGACCAGGUGUUAUGACAGUCCCCAGCUGGGCAACAGGGACGCUUUAUGACGUUUCCAGUGGACCAGGAGCAGUUUGCUGGGACGGCAGAGCUGGAACGCAGAGGACUGAGAGAGACGAGCUUUUAAAACUCUGUGGACUUGUUUUCCUUUUAAUCCAUGUAGACAUUCGUUGCUGAGCAUGCAUGUACUGGUAUGCUUUCUGUUUUAACUGGUUGCACUUGCUAUGGUUUUUUCUCAGGCAUAAGGGAAGCUACAUAAAGCACACAGUAGUUCAAUGUCUCCUCCAGUAAGCUCUUCAUCAACUGUUUUAUGCAUUUGUGCAAAAAAUAAUUUAAUAUUGAAAACACUUGUCUUUUCAUGCCCCGCCCCCCUUGUCUUUUACUGACAAUCUGUGACGACUAAAAGUGAGUUUGUACUGUAUUUAUUCUAACGGAGAUGUAAAUACGGAAUAUAAAAACUGCACUAACCAUCGUGGUAACUACCAGUUAACAAUCAUGUUUUUAUUUGUGAUAAUAUAUCAUUUGAUAACUGUGUUUGUAAGUAUGCUUUUGGUGUAUGCUGAUGUUGAUGAUUGAGAAACGUGUUAUCAUGCACUUAGCACUCCCAUCUCUUCAAGAGUAUUUAAGCCAGUCGGUGGAUC